GCCGCGAUCGCGAGCCGACACCGAGCUGAGCGAGAAACCCGCGCGCGCGCGGCGCCGCUCCCGGACAAGCUAGGCAAGCAAGAACCAGCUCGCGUCGCCGCCGGAGGGGGCAAUGCACAACGUCGCGGCGGCGCGGGACGAUGGGUUCUACUGCCCCGACUGCCACCGCGCGACGGCGGUGGUGGUCGACCACGCCACCGGCGAUACCAUCUGCACCGAGUGCGCGCUCGUCCUCGAGGCGCACUACAUCGACGAGACCUCCGAGUGGCGCACCUUAGGCAACGACGGCGGCGGCAGCGACGACCGCGACCCCAACCGCGUCGGCGACCGCAGCGACCCUUUCCUCCCCGACCAGGUCGGCGGCACCACCAUCACCUACUCGGGUCCGCUCAGGAGGCAAGCCAAGAACGCCGGCGGCGAGGGCGCCCCGCUGACGAUGCGGAGGAUCGACGUCGGUGUGUCAACGGAGAAGACGCUCGUCGCCGCGUUCAAGGCCAUCGCCGACAUGGCCGACCGGCUUGGGCUCGUGGCCACCAUCCGGGACCGGGCCAAGGAGGUGUUCAAGAAGCUCGACGAGACCCCCAAGGGGUUCCCGAAGGGGCGGCACCGCGACGCCAUCUACGCCGCCUGCCUCUUCGUGGCGUGCCGCAACGAGGGGAUGCCGCGGACGUACAAGGAGCUCGCGUCGGUCACCGCCGAGGGCGCGGCGGCGAAGAAGGAGAUCGGCAGGCUCACCACGCUCAUCAAGAGGCACCUCGGCGAGGAGGAGGGGAAGGCGAUGGACCUCGGCGUCGUGCGCGCGUCCGACUACCUCCGCCGCUUCGGCUCCCGGCUCGGGCUGGGCCACGGCGAGGUGCGCGCCGCGCAGGCGGCGGUGCGCCGGGUCGAGGAGGGCGCCCUCGACGUGCGGCGCAACCCGGAGUCCAUCGCCGCCGCCAUCAUCUACAUGGUCGCGCAGCGCGCCGGCGGCAGAAAGUCCGUGCGCGACGUCUCCACCGCCACCGGCGUCGCCGAGGCCACCAUCUCGGCGGCGCAGAAGGAGCUGGCCCCGCACGCCCGCACCCUCUUCGGCUAGGGGUAACACGCCGCGCCGUACGUGUCCGCCAUUCUUGAUUCUUGGCAAGUGUUCGACGACAUGUCGGCAUGGCCAAUGGCUUGGACAUGUGAACUUCGUUUCGUUAAUCCGUUCUUGAUUCGUUCGGUUUCAAGCUUGACGAUCCCAUCGAGAUAGUACUGUUGCUAAUUGCUACUGCUACUCGCGAAUGAGCUCAUGAACGUUAGAGGCAUGUUGCAUGACCUCGAAAACGUGAAGCCUGUUCUUGCGAGAUAAUCUCGCAAAUUCUCCGGGUGGUUAUCUUUGGGUGACUAAGAGAAAAAAAAAAAGAA